AUGUUAUUUUUAACUUUACAUUCAUCAUAAAAUCCUUUAAAAAAUAUACAUCAUAUUUUCCACAAAAAAUAAAUAAAAAUAAACUAAGAAAUAAAUGACCUUUUUAAGUAUUACAAUAGUUCACAGAACUGUAUUUUUGAUCAAAUAAAUGCUACCUUAAUGAGCAUCACAGACUUAUUUCAAAAACAUAAAAAUUAAAAAAAUCGGUAUAAGCCGAGUAUAUUAAAUAAAUAAUUUGUGCAAACGAAACUGUUGCCCUCUAGCUGCAUUAGGUACAGUGUCAGUCUCAGCAUGUCUUGUUAUUUGCUAACCCUGUUAUAUAUAUGUUCACACAGUUCAGUUUUCAUAAGGGUUCAUCUUGACACCGAUCAGGCCAGCUGUGGUCAUGAUGUGUCAAGAAACAUAUUUACUUUUAUUUCAGCCUUUCCACCUCAUCAUACCUUGUAUCUGUUAACACAUUGCCAUUGCCACUUUAUUUAUAAUGAGGACACUCAUCCACACUCCUCCCUUUUUCCAUCUCUCUGUCUCUGGUUUCACUGCUCAUCCUUCGAAAUGCCUGGACAGCGUGAAAGACAAGAGCCCCAUCCCAUGAAUUAUGCAUCACUGCUAUAACUGUUAUGGAGGAGUCCGGGUCGAGGAAGUCUGUAAGAUGGAAAGAGACGAGCAGAAUUCCUCAGACCGCAGAGGACAUCAUUACGUCUUACCUAACAGCCUCCGAUGAGAAUCAGAACAAACUGCAGGAGGCAGAGAUUAUGGACUUGCAAGUGGUUAAACUCGACUCAGAGAACAGGAACAGAGAGGAGAACUUUCCAACAAACAUCAAGAGCCAUAAAUGCUGUUUAGAUCAUGGUCGUCUCUCUGGGAUUGUGCCACCUGGGCCUAGUCCUUCUCUUCUGGCUUCACUGCAGUCCCUUGUUGAACACAAUGAUCACAUGCUCCUCCCUCAUUCCUUACACCAGAUAGCGGAGGGCUACUUCCUUGAAAAGGACUAUCAGUGGGCAGUGGAGUUUCUUCAUCUGGAGAAGCUGUAUCAUGAAAGACUGCUGUCUAAUCUGGCCUCCAUACAAGAGAAAUGGGAGUCCCAGAGGAAAAUCAGCAUCCAACCUGAAAAUAACUCUCCUUUAAACUCUAAUGGAACUGACAGAGAGAGAGAGCAUAUGGAACUGUUGAGUCAUAUCUGCAAAACACACCAGAGACCUAACCUCUCUUUGGAAAAGAACAUGGACGACAUAAAACUACACAACACCCCAGCCCUCGUGUCAAAACACAGAAGAUCAAAACAAGAACAAGCUUUAGUGAACUCAUCCGAGAGAGAGAACCGGGCGGAGGACUGCUCAUGGCCAGAAGCUGAACAGGAGCCAGAAGAGGACUGUGAAUUGAAUGAGGAGGACGAGGACGAGGAAGGUCUUGAGGAGGAUGAGUUCUGGAAUGAGGAGCUGCAGGAUGACACAGUCGUCGACGGCCAGGUUCCUGUGGAUGAGCUGGCCAGCCUUAUUCAGGUAGAAGAGAGGAUUCCCUCAGAUGGCUUAGUGUCUAUUUUAAAGAAGAGAGACUGCACCAGGGAAACAAAGAAAGCUGCACUGCUAAAAAACUCAACUGAACGCAGGGUCCGCUUUAGAGAGCCGGGCAAUGCUUUCGAUCAAGAUGAGUCGCCCAAAAACUCUUGCCUCAUCCUUCUCGUCCUGUGUCUGGUUACUGUGGUGAUCAGCACGGGUGGGACUGCUCUUUAUUGUCUCGUUGGAGAGGCGUACUCAAACGUGUGUGCUGACUUCUCGCAAAACGUGGACUUUUACUUUGGACCUGUACGACAAGGAGUGGACAUUCUCGCACAGUGGCUCUCUUCUGAUGCAUCAUAGCAGCUGUUUCAUGCAGUGGAACUGUUUCUUUAUAUUAUAAUUUCCAAUGAUUAACAACAGUAUUCCUCUUGAGAUAGUAUGCACUAAUGCACAUUACCAGAUUGGCCUUAAUAAAUGUUGCUUUAGUGAGUCACACAGUGCUUCCUAUUAAUGAAUAAAUACAUUUGUAUAAUGUAUUUAAUAUUGAUACAAAAACAGGUCAUUACAGAUAAUCCUUAUAUACCACUUAUUACAGAUAAUCUUACUAUACUGUACCACUGCCAUUCUUUGAAUCAGUAACUAUACACGCAUUGAUAUAACUGCCUAUACAGCCAGUGAUAUUGUUUUUUUUUUUACAUUUUAGUACUCCAAGACACUAUAUUCCAAAUACACUAUCUUUCAUUGGUGCUAUAAUCAUAGAAAUUCAUACAGUAUCAACAAAAAUAAGCAUAAAUGUGUGUAUGUUGAAGGAAUAGUUCACUCAAAAAUGAGAAUUGGCUAAUAAUUUACUUAUCUUAAGGCCAUCCGAGAUGUAGAUGAGUUUGUUUCUUCAUCAGAACAGAUUUGGAGAAAUGUAGCAUUGCAUCACUUGCUCACUAAUGUAUCAUCAAGUGAAUGGGUGCCGUCAGAAUGUCCAAACAGCUGAUAAAAACAUCACAGUAAUCCACAAGAAAUUCGGACGACUCCAGUGCAUCUUGAUGAAUAAAAAGCUACAUUUAUAAGAAACAAACAAAUAUUAACCAAGAAGCGACUGUUUGAAGUUAAAAACAUCUCGAUGAUGAAUUAUAUAGAUAAACUCAUCUACUUUUUGGAUGGCCUGAGAGUGAGUACACAUUUAUUUCUGGGUGCAUUAUUGCUUUAACUGUGGGAUAUU